AUGCCGCCACUAAACUUCCUAAUAAUUUUACUCUCAAUAAUUUCAAAUGUAUGCAAUGGUGCAAAUAUUUUGGGUAUCGUUGCUUCGCCGUCCUACAGCCAUCAGUUGGCUUACAUGAAUCUAUGGAAGGAAUUGUCUUUGAAAGGUCACAAAGUAACAGUUUUAACAACGAAUCCUCAAAACAAUGCAAACCUCACUGAAAUAGAUUUGAGUGUGGGCUACAAUUUUAUGAAGCAACAAAAAUCGUUUCCAAGAAAUGUUUUGGAUUUUUUUCGAUUUAGCUGUAAUUCUUCAAUUGAAGUGGAUGUUUUGUAUUUUAAUUUGCCCCAAGUACAAGAAUUAAUUAACAAUAAACAUUUGUACUUUGAUGUAGUGAUGGCGGAAAGUUAUAAACCAGAAUUUUUGGUUUUUGGAGAGCUAUUUAAUGCACCAACUAUUUUGUUGACUUCUUACGAAGAUUAUUAUGGAAUUCAUAGAGCUUUUCAAAAUGAUUAUCAUUCUAUUCUUUAUCCAGAUUCAACAGUAUUAUACGCAGGCGAGCUUAAUUUUGUGCAAAGAUUUGCAAACAUUAUAACCCAAUGGAGAUUUGCUGCUAUUCAAAACCAGUGCUUCGUGCAAAGGAAAAACCUUAUUGAUAAAUAUUUCAAUAAUAAUACGCUUACAAUUGAGGAGAUGAUUAACAAAGCUUCGAUGCUUUUUGUUGCUGUCAGUCCAGUUUUACUUUAUCCAAGGCCUGUAUCAAUGAGGACUGUGAAUAUUGGAGGAGGAAUUACAAUAAAGCCUUCUCAAGCUUUGGAAAGAGAUAUUCAAAGUUUUUUGGAUUCAGCCAAAUUGGGUGCGAUUUAUUUUAGCUUGGGAGGCAACGUUAAAAGUGAAACUUUAGGCCACAAAACCAUUGAAGCUAUAAUUGAAAUCCUGAAAAACCUACCUUAUUCGAUUUUAUGGAAGUUUAACAACAAUGGAAGUUUUGUUAUGCCUAAAAAUAUUAUGACUGCUCCUUGGUGGCCUCAACAAGAUGUUUUACGUCAUCCAAAUAUAAAAUUAUUCAUAACUCAAGGAGGAAUUCAAUCAUUGGAAGAAGCCAUCUACUUUGAAAAACCCCUAAUAGGAAUUCCAAUGAUUGCGGAUCAAGAAAGCAACUUGAAAAAGAUGGAGCUUAGAGGGAUUUUGAAGUAUGUCGCUUCAAGCCCACGCAUUGAUCCCGAGGAAUUGAAAGAGGCAAUUUUAGAAGUAAUGGGAAAUAAAACGUAUGUUGACAAUAUUCGGAGAUUGAAUAAAGUCAAUUUGGAUCAGCCAAUGAACGGGCUGGAAAAAGCAGUUUGGUGGACCGAGUAUGUCAUAAGGCAUAAAGGAAAUGUUGAGCAUAUGGUUCAUAAGACGAUUCCUUUUUAUCAAUAUUAUUUUUUUGAUGUUGCUGGAGUUUUAGGUUUAAUUUUGCUGAGUUGUUUGGGGAUUAUUUAUUUGUGCAUAGUAGCAAUAAGACAAUUAUUAAGUGAUAGGAGGACAAAUGUAAAGAAAAUGCUUUAAAUUGAUGAUGUAUUGUAUAGUUAAUAAAAAAAUUGCCAUUUGGAAUAAUUUAUUAUUGAUGUUUAUAGUCAGGUUUUUGAUUAUUGAGUGGCACUCCGGCACGCAUAAGUGAUUUUUGCAGGUUUUAGUCAUUUUUGCAUACAUUAUCGUAAGAAAAAGCUUUCAAAUUUAGUUUAAAGCUUCAAAUAAACUUUUCUACAAACAAUCCAUAAAACUUGAAAGUUUCAAAUCACUGUGAUCAUUAAAAGUACUUUGCACAAAGGAUUUUUUGCAGAUUUUAAUAAUUUUUGCAUGCAUCACCGUGAGGAAAAGUU